AUGGCACCACGAAGGACAGGUGAAGAAACGAAUGCUGAGGCUAGGCGCCAGGAGGAAGAGGCCCGAAGGAGGACCGAGCUAGCCGACCUCAUUUCUCAACAAAUCAACUCCGUUAUGCCAGCCAUUGCUACUCGAAUUGCGGAGAGUGUGACCGCCACACUUAACACGGCCCAAAGGCAAGAUGGAGGAGGUAAUGUGAAUGAUAGAAAUGCUUACAAGACUUUCACUUCGUGCAACCCUAAGGAAUUCUAUUGGACAGAAGGUCCUGUUGGUUUGCUCACAUGGUUCCAAAGCAUGGAGGCCAUCUUGAACAUCAUUGAUUGUGCACCGGCCGAUCGUGUCAAGUUUGUUGCUAGCAAGCUCCAAGAAAGGGCACUCGCUUGGUGGAACGUCCAAGUCACUACGAGGGGUCAAGCCGUCAUGAAUGCCUUGACUUGGGAGCAGCUCAAAGAAGAGAUGAAGCGAGAGUAUUGUCCUAGGCCAGCCGUGCAAAAGUUGGAGAUAGAAUUCUGGAAUCAUGCUAUGAAAGGAAUGGAGUUGGAGACAUAUGCAAUUCAUUUCCACGAGUUGUGUGUGCUAGUGCCUGACAUGGUGAACACUGAAUCCAAGAAGGUUGAGAGGUUUAUUUAUGGGUUGGUACCGGAAGUAAGGUUGAUGGUCACGGCAGCAAACCCCACUACACUUGAAGAAGCAAUAAGUUUGUCGACAAGAUUGGUUAAUGAUUUGGUUAGAACCGGGAAAUACUCGCGAGGCAAGUCAAGCUCAAGACAAGUAGGAGGAAACCGAUUCGGUGGUCGAAAGGGUAAUGGGCCGGAUAAGAGACAAAAGGUAGCGAGAAACUAUAGUGUUGUUGAUGCCAACCCCAACCCAAACGGUCACAUGCCACUAAGGUGUAACCGUUGUGGCAACCCCCAUCGAGGAGAGUGCAAGUAG